AUGGUCAUUACAGAGUCCCAACCAUCAAGCACGCCUCUAGAUGCACUUCUCCUUCUCGCCACCAUCCUUCCAGAUGCUUUUCUCCUUCCCGUCAUCGACAUCGUUCAGGAGAAGAGUUCCAGUACGGUGGUCUCCAUCUUCAUCCCCACAGGCAACAACGUCAUCCUGUUCGCUUCGAUCUAUCCCAUCGUCAUGCAAAUAGCAAUAAUGGUAGUCAUCAUAGUCGCAUUGGUAGUCAACGAGAUCUUCAUCGGGUUUUCAACAGUCUUGGAAAUGGCAUCAACAAUAGCAUUGAAGAGGGAGGUGUUGUACUCUCAGACCGUCGAGGUUUUGUUUGAGCAAAUGUUUAUAUAAUCGUAUUAUUUUAGGUGGAUUACCGAAUCCCUGAUUCAAAUCGUCAUCUGGAAGUUCGAGUGGCCAAUCAGAGUUUGUUUGUGGACCCUAAACAUAUACAGGAUGUAUCGCCUCAGGUGUCGGCCUUCCUUCUUCGAGAGUUCACUCAUCAUGGGAGAACUUCCAUUGAACCUCAGCUGGAAGAUCUUUGUUUUGAGGAGAUUCUGGAGGCUGUGAAGACGCUCUGUCCAACCGAACUUGGGAUGUUCCCCUCUCCAGUCACUGGUAAGUCUUACUGUAUUUUAAUAAACUCUUAUACCUACAUAUAUUUGACUCUUUUAGCCCAUACCUUCUCCGUCCUAGCUCGUCUUUCUAAACACUUUGAAGUCCCCAAACUUCGUUCAGCUUGUGAAUUAUUCGUUGCGAGACUUCCAUUUUUGUUCAAAGAGGUCACUGCUCUCCAACUGGCUCAUAUGUUGGACAUAUCAUGCCAAUAUAGUCUCAAUCUCAGAUCCAAACUUCGUCUUCUCCAAGGAGUUCUGAUAAUAAUGGUUGCUGAAGAACAAGAUAAAACUCAUUUUGCCACUUAUUAUGAGAAAUCUGUGGAUCCAAUCAUCGCUGAUCUGAUAAAGGAGGCCGUGGCCAGGUAAUAUUACUGUAAUUUCUCAAGUAUUAUUACUUUUUUAGCUUCAAAAGAGGUGAGUUAAGCCAUGAUGAGUUCUUGGAUGAAGCCCGGCUUAAAGUUCCAUGCAGAUUGUGCCGAACCGAGGAUCCGGGAGAUCAAUAUUCGUCCAAUUUAAAGGUAGAAUAUUUUUUUCAAAUGCAAUUUUGCGGAGUUGGGCGAAUGGGAAAAGUACCUUUACGGAAACCGAAAAGUAUUAUUUUUCUUUGAUGCAAGUGUGAAAUUAGGGUAAUCGAGGGCGUUGAUUUCAAAAAUGACAUUAAUUUUUUUUGAUAGUUUUUUUUUCUUAAGUAGUCCUGUAAAGUAGUAAUCUUUUGAAUGUUUUUCAUGAAUACAUUAGGGGGUUUUUGGUGGUGCUUCUUUCAAUUCGAAACCGAAGAAAAGUAAUAGUUUUCGGUUUCCCCAAUCGUCCCAGUUCCGUAAUUUUGACGAGGUCCGAACAUGUUUAAUCGGUUUUAUUUCCAGGUUUGUCGUCGUUGUCGUCACACAAUCUGCUUCCAUUGUCAAAUAAGUCCUUGUUCUUCGUCCCUCACCAUAUUCCUCGAGAAAUUUGGAAAGACUACGGCUUCGAGACUCAAAUUUUUUUAA